AUGUCGAAUAAACUUGAACAGGAACUCUCUCACUUACUUAUCACGGAAGAACACGUCGUUUCUUUCGCCAAUCAGCAGCUUAACUUGACUUCGGCCGAGGAUGCUGCGGAUGUUUCGAAUGCGAUAAAAUCUGCCGAAAAGAUGACGACUUUAAUUCUCACUGGAAAUACGUUGGGUAUUGAAGCGUCAGAGCGAAUCGGCAAAGCCAUUACUCAUCAUCGGGAGUUGAAGAAAUACCUGUGCAAAGCGUUCGUUACGGCGCACUGCUCGCUGACGGAGUUGGACCUGAGUGAUAACGCGCUGUCGGUUGUCGGCGCCCAUGCAAUCGAUUUCUUUUUGCGUAGUCCAUCUUGCAGUAGCUUAAAGAUCCUUCGACUAGACAACUGUGGCUUGGGAAUCGCAGGCGGAAAGGAAGAGGCCGUUAUUCGCAGCUGUGUUGCCUACGGAACGUGUCAGAUCGCCGAGCCAGCUUCCCAUGCAUGUCUGACAUCGUUUCGCUGCUUUCAGAUAGUCGCCCGUGCGUUGUUGGAAUGUCAAAGACGGGCUACGGCGAGAGGCACUAGGAUGCAAUUGACAACGUUUUCAGCCGGACGCAACAGGUUGGAGAAUACGGGUGCCGUUGCACUCGCAAAGGCUUUCAAAGCUAUUGCCAUUCUCGAAGACCUAUCUUUGCCACAGAAUGGCAUCCACUUCAUCGGUGUCGCGGCGCUGGCCAAAGCUUUCGAAUUUAAUCCGAACCUGAUGUCUAUCAACUUUUGUGACAAUACAUUGGGCGUGAAAGGCAGCCGGGCUCUUGCCGAGGUGUUACCAAAGUUGAAACAUCUCAGGGUUCUAAACCUGAGCGACUCGUUAGUAAAGUCUUCCGGUGCGCUGGUGAUUGCGCAUGCUUUGAGAAGUUCCAUUUCACCGUUGAGGGAACUGUAUCUUGAUGGUUGUGAGCUGAACUACAACGCGUGUUUGGGAAUAGUGGAAUCAUUGCAAUCACGGGAAAAUAACCAAAUCGGAGAAACUGGUAUCGAAAAGUUGAACAAAACUUUGGAUACUUAUGGCAUGAAACGCUGUCUGUUGCCGAUUGAAGAAGAUGCUGGCACGGCUGAUGAGUCAGAAGAGGAAGAAGAUGAGGAUAAAGACCUAACAUCUGAGGAAGAGGCCAGUUGCAAUAAAAGUAGCAUGGAGGCAACUGCUGACAAGGUAUUUAUUUCACUGAACUAUCAGGCGUUAAAUAUGCCAACGUAAAG